AGGGGUCAGAAAGUGCAGGCGUGAGUCUAUCCUGGGGAAACAGACUUCAAGAUGCUGCAACCUCUUCUUCCAACAAUCCUUGAACAGAGAAUUGUCCUCGCCAGCGGGUCUCCAAGAAGACAGGAAAUCUUAAAGAGGAUAGGGUUGAAGUUUGAAGUUGUUCCAUCCAAGUUUGAAGAAAACCUGCAGAAGUCAUCCUUUGCAGGCCCCCAUGAGUAUGCCAAAGCCACGGCCAGAGGGAAGGCACUGGAGGUGGCUGACAGACUGUACAGUCAGGUUAAAAAGCCAGACCUCAUAAUAGGAGCAGAUACUGUUGUGUCACUGGGAAGUGACAUCAUAGAAAAGCCAGCAGAUGAAGAAGAUGCUUUCAAGAUACUAAAAAGGUUGAAUGCAAAAACACACGAAGUUGUCACAGGUGUUGUACUAGUUGUACCUUCCCUCACAGGCACAGAGAAAUUUGCCACAGUAGAGUUCCAUGAGUCCACAGAAGUGUGUUUUGGAGACCUGACAGAUGAGAUGCUGAAGGGUUACGUAGCAACAGGGGAACCCAUGGACAAGGCAGGAGGGUAUGGGAUCCAGGCCAUUGGUUCCAGCCUGGUGCAGGGAAUACAUGGGGACUACUUUAAUGUGGAAGGUUUCCCAGUCUACCACUUCUGCAAAAAGUUGGUGGAAAUAUACAGAGAGAGGCAGCUCAGUUCAGCACCAAGGACAGACCAGGACUGCUGACUUUAACUCCAAAAUUCAACUUGAUUAUAGUUAGAUUAUUUUAGACAUAAUGCAUUCUUUUUUUUCUGUUCGGUGAAAGUAUGAGUAUACAUGUUACAUAUUUCUUAAAUACAAGUAUCUUUAAGGUUUUUAUUCAGAUGAAAGUUGCUUUAAGAUGUAAUAAGAUACUAUUCUGAAGAUGUGGUGUUCUCAGGAGUAAUUUAGGUUAAUUAUACAUAUUGAAUAAUUCCAAAUAAUCAUGUUGACAUCACUAAUGAUGAAGAUCGGUACCAAAAUUACUUCGAGAAGGAACGACAUGCUCUAGUCCUGCAUAAUUAUAGACAUAACUAUAUGUAGCAUCCACAGCAGACCCUGGGCAUAGAUGAGUUAGGUUGGAAUUUUCGAAGGAAGUUACUGUAGUAAAUUUCAGUAAUAAAUUCCGUAGUCAAUAUUAA